AUGGACAGCACAAAACUAUGUGUUUAUACGACAGGUCCUGUUAAAUUUCCUCCUUUACGGACACCCUCUCCAUUUCGACCGGAUAUUAUUUGUUCCGAGAACGGAAGUGGGACGACCAGAAGCAGCUUCCGACUGCUGAUAAUUGGCAAGUAUUUAUCUGGCGACGAAGGAAAGCGGGUCGUUUUUACCAAAAAGUUGAACAAGACACUGCUUCACGCUUUACGUUCAUCUAAUAAUGUAUCUACCCUCUGUGAAGCCCAAAAAAUAGUACAAGACUACUUAUGGGAGCCACUGCAAAUGUUCUUGCAAGAAGAAAGACAUCAGUUUCUGAAACAAAUACAUGGUCACAGCAACAGGCUACCUCAAGAAACAAACCAAAUGGCAGGCACAGCAAUGCUAAGGUCGGCCAGAAAUGUGAUGAAUGCUGAUUCUAUGCUUUCAUUUAACUGGGGGACGAAAUAUGUGGAAACUGAGCCUUUAUCAUCGUUAUCGCCAUUUUCUCCCACAAGUUCCAUAAAUCCUUCAACAUUAACACCGCCACGUCCGUCAACAACAGAUCACGUGAGCAUCACUGAAGAACAAAAACAGAAAGCAAUGGAAAUGGCUAUAUUAUGCUGCGAAUAUGGUAAUAUGCUUGAAGACUUAUAGAUGAAUAGUCGGAAUUCAUGUUUAUUUGUAAUGCUAAUCUAGGCCAUUGGCCCAAAUACACAAUAUAAUUUCAAACUGAUGUACAUCUGGUUAUGUCACAAGUU